GUGGUGCUGAACCUCAGCCAGAAAUCCAAGUUAUCCUCCAAAACUUCAUCAAUGCUCGACCGAAACCUCUCUUCAAUGGGCGAGAUUUCAUCAUCAAGAUCCAGAUUGAAGUCGUGUAAUAUAUCCGCCACUGUGAAUGGUGACUCAGGUUGGUCAUCAUUGUCUUGCUGCAAGAGGCUAAGUUUUUUCUUCAGCAUUCGAAUCUGUUCGUCCUUUUUUGCAUUGGCUGCCUUUAAUUCUUUCAGCUGGAUCGUUAUAUCAAACAAGCUAUCCCCUCCUUUAGUCUCUGUUUCUGUGAGCUUCUUUUUAACUUCUUUGUAGCUUCGAAGAAUGGUCGUGUACUCUGCAAGAAGAACUUGUUCUCUAUUCUCCACACCUUUCAGGAACAGCUGCUUCCAAUCCGGUUUCGACAUAGUGGGUUUUGGAGCAGCUGGAGACGAUGAUGAGGUUGUCACCUUGAUCGAUUUCUUGGGUUGGAGUUUUUUAGUGGCGGAUUGGAACAUGCCCUUUAUCUCUUUGGGGAGCUUGGGCACUUUUGGGAUGUUGCCCUUGGGGAGAUCCCCGGCGGCGGGGAGCUUCUUAAGGAAACGUGGGGAAGGGAUGUCG